AUGGUCGGAUCUAUUAACUACCUCUCGACCCUUUCCAGACCAGAUAUCACCUACGCAGUAGGCCUCGCCGCAAGAUAUAUGUCGAAUCUAAGCGAGGACUAUAUGAAGGCUGUUAAACGCAUCUUUUGGCUGGGUCUUUACCUUAGGAGGAAGCCCCAUCUCCUAGAGUUCAAAGAGACAGAAGACAGUAGCACUUUCCAGUUGCGAGGCCGGAUACAUGGCUACUACGGAGGCUACGAAGGAAGCUAUCUGGCUUAG